GCUAGGGUUCCCCUCUCGGAUCUACCCGUUUCGCCAUGGCGGACGAGGCGGCGCUGCCGGUGGCGGCGGCGGCGGGGAGGGACAAGGACGAGCGCCGCCGCUGGCUGUCCCGGUGCGCGCUCGCCGUCGUCGGCAUCAUGAGCACGCUCCUCGUCUACGGCGUCCUCCAGGAAAAACUCAUGAGAGUUCCCUAUGGAGAAGAGAAGGAGUUCUUUAGAUACUCACUUUUUCUUGUUUUCUGUAACCGUAUCACUACAUCCUUGGUGUCUGCACUCGUGUUACUGUCGAGUAAGAAAUCCACGGACCCGGUGGCUCCAAUCCAGAAAUACUGUGUUGUCUCCUUAUCAAACAUACUGACCACAACUUGCCAGUACGAGGCCCUCAAGUACGUCAGCUUCCCUGUUCAGACGCUUGCGAAAUGCGCAAAGAUGAUCCCUGUCAUGAUUUGGGGCACAAUAAUGAUGAAAAAGAAGUAUGGUGGGAAAGAUUACUUCUUUGCAGUCAUUGUGACCAUGGGCUGUUCAUUGUUCAUUCUAUUCCCGGCAUCAAUGGAUGUUAGUCCACUCAAUAGAGGCAGAGAAAGCACUGUUUGGGGUGUUUCACUCAUGCUUGGUUAUCUUGGAUUUGAUGGUUUCACAAGCACCUUCCAAGAUAAGCUCUUCAAAGGGUAUGAGAUGGAAAUACACAACCAAAUAUUCUACACGACAAUGUGCUCUUGUGUUAUUAGCUUGAGUGGACUUAUUCUCCAGAAUCAUCUCCUUCCAGCUGUGGACUUCAUGGUUCGUCAUCCAGAUUGUUUCUAUGACGUCCUAAUCCUAUCCACUGUUGCAACUGCUAGCCAGUUCUUCAUAUCUUACACCAUUCGAACAUUUGGGGCUCUCACAUUUGCUACAAUCAUGACAACCCGACAGUUGGUGAGUAUACUACUGUCCUGUGUCUGGUUCGUGCACCCCCUCAGCUGGAUGCAGUGGGUUGGGGCUGCCAUUGUAUUCGGAGCCCUGUACGCGAAAAGCUUCUCGAGAAGCAAGCCACAGAAGGCAGUGGUUGCAAGCUCAUCGUCGCAAGGCUCUAUACCGAAUUCGGCUAACAAUAGUUGACAAGAAAUAACAUAGGAGUACCGAAGACUGGUCUACUGGACACAAAAUUUUCGUGUUCGAGGCUGAUGUCAUCCUGACGUGACGAGUUAACUCGGCGGAGCAUGCAGAUCCUAGAGUCAUGCCUCAGCUCCUGAUCAACUGGAGGGAGCUCUGAAGGCUAGCUGAAGAUCCAUUUAGGUUUAGGAUGCAAAAGACAGAUCGUUGAGGCCAGAGUGGUGAUUUUGUUGAGGCUUAUGAAGCCAUUCUGUGUUAGCUACUAUACCAUGUGUGGAUGCGUUGCUGUACACUGUAAAAUUGCCUUCUUUUUAUCCCGCUUGGCGGGGUAACUUAUUUCGACCCACAAAAGAUACAAGACGGUUUUAGUUA